AGUUCUGUAUUUUAUUGAUUAAUUGUAAAAAGAAUCCGUACACAUUUGGCGAUCCAGUGUAAUUCUUAGUUUCUGCAGCGAUUCUAAAAUGGAUGGGAAAUUGAAGCAGAGUCGGAGAUCCCGCUCCCAACGUGAGAGGGUACGGAGACGGGAGGCAGCUGGCAGGGAUGCCCGGAAUCAGAGCCCCUCGUCGUGCUCAGACAGAGAGCAAAGUCCUGGCAGGGAUCAUGCCUCUCAGAAUGGUAAAAAAGCUCCAAACUCAGCCCCCUCUGCUAGAACCCCGCGUCCGCCGCGGAGAAAGAGACGGGAAUCCAGCUCCCAGGAAGAGGAUAUUAUUGAUGGAUUUGCCAUCGCCAGCUUCGCGAGUCUGGAUUGUCUCGAGAAGAAGAACGUGGCCCUGAAGCCGCAGGAGAGGAAGGAGAAGUGGGAGAAGCAGGUGGUGAAGAGGCGGAGGGAGGUGGAGAACGGCAUGACCGCGGACCCCCCGGAGAACGGCUUCAACAACAGCAGCGCCAAUGUGGAGCGAGAGCAGGACCCGGGGAAGGAGCGAGUGAAGAAGAAAACAUACUCAAAGAAGAGCAAGCAGACAAAGGGGCUGCUUGGACGAGCUGGGAGAAACAGUGAGGACGAAGCGGUGCAGGAGCUGAGCAGACCCCAGAGGAGCAGCUCCAAAGACCACCUCAGUGAGAGCUCUGCUCACUCGCUGUCGGGACGGGGCUAUUCGUGUGACAGCGAGAGUGACAUCGAUGACAAGGCUUCUGAUGUAGGAUCAGAGAAGCUCUUCUCCCCUACAGCAAGUAAAGGUGUGACGGCGAAUGAGAUUCGCGAAUCCAAGACUUGCAGCUCAACCAAAGUCUCAGGGCUCCAGCGCAGCCAGGAGCAGAGCAGCGAGGUGCCCUUCGCUCAGCCUGUUCCCAGCCCCACCCCUGCGUCCCCGCCCGCUGGCUCCCCGGCCCGUGCUGCCGCGGCAGCUCCCCCACCCAGAGCCCGGAUCACCUCCCCGCCCCCGCCAGCUGUCAAGAAGGAGGCGGCUCCCCCGAUCCCCACCCCUCCCCCGCUGAGGGCCCAAUCACAGCCUCAGCAGGAGCUGCGGGUUCCGCCCCCUCCGCACCACGCUCCGCCUAUAAUUAAUCACCAAGUGCAUCACCCGCUGCAGUACAGUGGUCUUCACAACAUCAGUCGCAGCAGCAGCAGCGGCAGCAGCGUCACCGGCAUCCCCAAACACCACCUGCCCCCAUCUCCCCACAUCAACAGCCUCCCCUCGUCCACCCCUGCCCUGCCCCUCUCCAUCGCCAACCUCUCUACCUCGCACUAUUCCCUGCCAACGCCGGCACAUCGCCAUUCGGCCAUGUUCGCAACCCCCGCCACACUGCCACCACCUCCAACCUUACCGACUAACGGCCUUGUGGUCCCAGGGCACCCCACUGGAACCGCCUACCCAGAGCAUGACCUCCUGCGGCAGGAGCUGAACAACCGCUUCCUGGUUCAAAGUUCAGAGCGGAGCCGGGGGCCCUCCGCCUCCCCGCUGGCCCCCGUCUCCCUCCUGAGGGCCGAGUUUCACCAACAUCAGCACAUGCACCAGCACCAACACACCCACCAGCACACCUUCACGCCCUUCCCCGCAAGCUUGCCCCCGGCGGCCAUCAUUGCUCCGCCCACUGCACCUCCCAUGGUGCGUACCCCAGCCAGAAAUUUCGACAAGUACGCUCCAAAGCUGGACAAUCCCUUCCUGAGACAUUCAAAUUUUUUCCCCUCAUAUCCCCCAACAAUGCCGGGCAUGCCUCCCCUGGUUCCACACACAGGACCCUUCAGUUCACUGCAAGGAGCCUUCCAACCCAAGGCUUCCAAUCCUAUUGAUGUAGCAGCCCGCCCUGGGGCCGUUCCUCACACACUCCUACAGAAGGAUCCAAGGGUAACGGAUCCCUUCAGGACAUCAGUCAGAAAGCCUGGUAAAUGGUGUGCUGUUCAUGUACAAAUCGCCUGGCAGAUCUACCAUCAUCAGCAAAAGAUGAAGCAGAUGCAGCUGGAUCCUCAUAAACUGGACAUGAAUGGGAAGCUGGACCUGUUCAGCCGCCCCCCAGCUCCAGGGGUGUUUCCUGGAUUCCCAUACCCCCAUGACCUGGCACGACCCCUCUUCUCCACAGGCUCGGGGCAUCCAGCAGCCUCUCCGUACGGCCCCUCCCCCCACCACAGCAGCUUCCUGCCCACCAGCCACCUGGCAGGUAAGCAUCCUUUCAGUCGCUCCAGUACCUUUGGCGGCCUCGGCAACCUUUCAGCCAGUGCCUUCGGAGGAUUAGGCAACCCCUCGCUCGGCUCCAACAGCGUCUUCGGACACAAGGAAGGGCCCGGCCUCCCGGGCUUCAGCAGCCCCCACCACGAUGCCUGGAACCGCCUGCACCGCACUCCGCCCUCCUUCCCCACCCCUCCCCAGUGGCCGAAGUCAGCCGACAUGGAGCGCAGCAACUCCGUCACCAACCACGACCGGGAGAGGGAGAGGGAGAGAGAGCGGGAGAGGGAGAGGGAGCGCGAGAGGGAGCGCGAGAGGGAGCGUGAGAGAGAGCGGGAGAAAAGGGACUCGUCCGUUGGAAAGGAGGAGAGGGAGAAAGACAGGUCAGUACUGACCAGUGACGUGCACAGAAAGGACCUCCAUCAUUUUCCAUACAACUUUCAAAGGGAUUCCCUGGACCGGAACCGCCACUCCAACAGGUCCUCUCCUGCGUCAGCUCCUGUCAGUUAUCAGAUCAGCAGCCUCAUCCGCAGCAACAGCCAAAACUCCAGCGACUCGGGGCGACACCACAGCGGCAGCGUGGAGCGGGCCCGCGAGGCCGAGAAGGAGCAGCUGGAGCGCCAGAGAGAGGCUGCCAUGCUGGGGGAUGUCAAGGUGAAGGAGAGCCGCUCCCCAGGGAAGGAGGCCCAGGAUCGGCGCUCCUCUGAGGAGCCCUGCAAGCCGGCGCACCGCUCACCCUCCCCUUACCCGAAGGCCAUCAUGGCCGACCCCGCCCUCAAGCUGGGCGCGGCCCCGCCGCCGCUCAAGGAUGGCGAAAGGAAGGACCCACCCCCUGGGGACAUGAUGCAGAAGAUGAAGAACGACAUGAAGAUCAAGGAGGAGCGCAAGGAGGACCAGGAGGUGAUGGUGGUGGGCUCAGAGCCGGCGACCCAGCCCCCGUCCCAGCCCAUCCCGCCUCCACCGCCCUCGCACCAGCACCACCCCCAGCUCCCGCAGCAGCCUCCACAGCCGUCCCCGCGCUGCACCGACCUCCCCGCCCCCAGCUCCCUGCACGGGGUCCACCUGGCCCACACGCUGCCCCUGUCCAUGGGCGCCAUGCACCCAAUGGGCAGCCUCAACGUGCUGGACCGCACGCGUGUGGCGCCCUUCAUGGGCGUGAGCCCGCUGGCGGCGGCGGGCAGGGAGCGCCUCCCUCACCCGGCCUUCCCCUGGGACCCGCUCCGCGAGGCCUACCGCAGCCUGGACCUGCAGCGCAGAAUGGACUUCCAGCUGCGGGCCGAGCAGGGCCACCGCUUCCCCGGCGUGUACGAGCCCGAGAGGGCCUACCGGGACCGGGAGCCCCACGACUACUCCCACCACGAGCACCUGCUGGAGGUGCGGCGGGAGCAGGAGAGGAUCCGGCAGGCGGAGGAGCGGGAGAGGCUCCACCUGCGGGAGGAGCUGGACCGGGCGCGGCUGCACCAGUUGCACCAGUCGCCCAUGGAAGGCCACCUCCCCCACAUGCCCCCCUUCAUGUCCCACCUAGGCGGGAUGCACUACCCCAGACUCAGCCCCUCUGGCGGACACAACGGCCUCCUAAACAGGACGCCCCCGACCGCCGCGCUUAGCGCCCCCCCUCCUCUAGUGCCAGCAGGCAGCACCAGACCUGCCUCCCCCCGAAGGACUACUCCCCUCACUGCCCAGGACCCCCGGGACUACUCCCCCUCCCGCAAUCCCAAAGAAGUGGAAGCGCGGUAGCUUCUAAGACAUUAAAAGAGAAGAUAAAGAAGGCUCCUCUUUGAAACCUUUUAAAGACAAAAUGCACUGCUUUUCCAAAGAGGAAAGCAAACUAAAACAAACUGUACGGCUGUACAAAACAAAAAUUCUGUAAGGCUGAAGAAGCACAUGUCAUGCUGUUAUUUUAAGGGACAGGGAAAGGAGAAUGUCGGGGAAAAAGGACGGAUUUAAGAAUACCCAGAGUGUAUGUUCUUUACCGACUUAAAAUUUGAUAUUAAUAUAUUAAUCAAAUACUGUUUUUCACUUUUCACAUGCAAAGUGAGAUUCUGAGAUAAGUUUGUACAUUUCCUAUCCUCUUUCCAUGUAUAGAAGUCAUUUUUAUGAAUUUGUAUUUUGUUGCGGUAUUCACUCAUAAAUUUUAUUUUGUUUUUGAGAUCUUUCAUUAUUUAUCCCAGUUCACUGUGAGACGUAUCAUUGAAGCCUAUAGUCUCAAGGGGAUUUGUUUUUAUUUUUACAUUUUGACAGCUAUUUACCAUAUUUGGUACCUGGAAAUACUCAGAAAUGACAAUGUACAAAGUUACAUGAAAGGUUUUUGUUUUGCCUUAUUAAGAUAUGCAGACAAAUAUAUAUUACGAGGUCUCCUUUGGUUUCUGUAAAGAAAAUAAAUGUAAAUAUCUUGUUGAUAUUCCUUGGGACAAAAUUACAAUGUAAAUUUAUUAGGCUUUUUCAAUGUUUCUAGAAAAAAACGAAAGAAAAUGGAACCACUUACCAAUUUAAAAACCAUGGUUACAGACAACAAGAUCAAUGGAAGAGGGGGCAGGAGAGGGAGGCCCUUGUGUGAUGUAAUCUGCAAUCUAUGCAAAGAGGCACUGAACGCCCUGAUGGAGGAACACCUGGAGAAGGCAUUGGACGUGGCAGUUGAAUCGAGGGAACAUGGAUUUACAUGAUCUAUUUUUUUCCAAUUAAUUAAAAUAAAAAUACAAAAAAGACUUACGGAUUAUAGACAAACCUAUACCAGAAGCAAACAGCCUUGUAGCCCCAGAGAAACGGACGGAAAAGGAACACACUGUUUGAUCGGGCGGCAAUAGACUUUCUCUGUCGACCUUGUGGUGUUGUGCGGUGUUUUUCUUAGACUCUUGUAUACAAAACAAGUAGAGUUUUAGGCGUGCAAAAAAAUGAAAAGAAAAUUCAUGGUUUAAAAAGUAUGAAAUAAAA